AUGCCCUCGCAGCGUCCCUUCUUCCUCUCCUCCUUCUUCAACUCCUUCCGCCAGCAAGCGCCCUCCCUCACCCAGCAAGCAAGCAAACACUCCUCCCAGGCCGCAUCCGCAUCAGCCGCCGCCGCCGCCGCUGCCGCCUCCACAACAGCUGCUGCUGCUGCCGCCUCAGCUUCAUCAAGCGGCGCCUCCUCCGCUGCCCGUGCAAUCUCCACAAGCGCUGCCGCAGCAACGACGACGACGGCGACGACAUCGCCCUCGUCCACCAACGUCGCCAUCCACACGCCCCGCGGCUCGCCCGGCGGCGCCAUUCCCAUCCCUCAUGGCUCGCGCAGGAGAGGCAGCGACAGCAGCAGCGAGGGCUUUCGCGACGCCCUCGGCGCGGACAAGUGGUAUAUCGGCGGCAGGACGGCGGCAGGAGAGGAAAAGUUCUUUAAGCUGGGCGUGAUUCGACGGGUCAGGAGUAAUGAUGGCUUGAGCCUCGAUCGCCUGAGCUUAUAG